GUUGAGUGCCACGGCGGUGGCGAUGGUGGUGAGUGCCGUGACGGUGGCCACGGUGGUGGUGGUGGUGACGACGGUGGUGGUGGCGGUGGUGGUGGUGGUGGUGGCGGUGGUGGUGCUGGAUUGAGGGAGGGCUCUGAAAGCUCCAUCCCCACAAUGCCGGAGCCGACGCGCAAACGGCAACACCAGAGCUCCGUCUCUGGCAGCAGUAAGAGGAUGAAGACACAGAACACGGUGCUGCCUGGCAACCGCAGCCUUUACGACCGGUUGUUGUCGAUUCGACAGGAGCGACUGCUGUCCGUGCUACGCCUGUACCCGCGGGGACAGCCUCAUCCAAGUAGCAGCGGUGGUCACCACCACAGCUACGAGGAUUUUCUGCUGGAAGAUCCCGUGUACCAGCUCAGUGUCGAGGAGACACGGAGACUCUCCACACACAGAUACUCGGCCUGCCUCGACCAGACGCCAACACACUGCAUCAUCUGCCUGGAGGUGCUUGUGGAGGGAGCAGAGAUAUGCAGGUUGCCCUGCACACACGCACACUUCCACGCAGCCUGCAUCCGCACCUGGCUACAGGAGAGCGGCGCGUGUCCGGUGUGCCGUGCCGCAGUCGUCUUACACUGA